UUACAGUAUACUUUCAAUGGGAAAAUAUUGUAUUGAGUUCGUAAUAAAAGGCAUUUUGGGCUUAAUAUACACGACUGUAAGAUAUCCGCACAAAAUCUUAAUGAAGACAAUGUGUGUGUUGUGCGCUCUGGCGUGGCUUCCGAUGAAUGCCCUCUACUGUAUUAGUCCCAUAAGUAUGUCUAACUUCGUGUCCAAAUCCAAGAUCAUAAACAGAAAUCACGACGAAAUGGCAAAAGUGCAGUUCGAGUGGAAGACACGGAUGGCCAACGCCUUGGACAGGGUUUACGUGCUCUCAGACCUACUCAAGAUGUCGUGCUGUGGUUUUGUUGAGUAUAAGAGAAAAUCGAUUGAGGCCACACCCGAUGAGGCCAAGGAGUUUGUGGCCUCUUAUUUCGGAUCGUUUUGGAAAAUGCAACAA